AUGCCUCGUCCUUCAGCACCAAAAAUAACCAAGGCUUGUAUGCCUUGCCGAGCGCGCAAGAUCAAGUGUGACGCCGCAAGCAUUGGACUGCCUUGCAGUAGCUGCGUCAGUAGAGAGACUACUGGCGACUGUGUUCUAUCAACUCGCAAACGCCGGACAUUACAAGGCCGGAGUACCGAGUCACGGGGAGAUCUCCCUGAGGAUCAUGGCCUCAUACCCACACCUGUAUCCCACAAUCGUCUUUCGUAUACUCACAGUAACGCGACCGACCACUCGAAUACUCCCCCAACUGACAGAUCUAUUCAUGCAAGCGAAGGUGGCAGCUCACACGCACAUAACAGCCCUGGCCCACUGGAAAUCCAUCUACCACGUCGACCUCAACCCGACCUUCUUUAUAUGAACAUUUUGCAAGACACCGUCAACAAGACAGCUGCUGGCCCAGGUGAGGCUGGAAAUGUCGCAGGAACCGACAAUGACAAUUGUUUGCAGACCCAGAUGCGUGGCUGGAACCCACUAUUGCAACUUGAUGACGUUGACAACGAGUAUCUAGCCAAGAAAGGAGUGUUCAAGCUUCCUGCCCCGCAACAUAUGGACGCCUUCGUCAAAGUGUAUUUUGACCACGUGUAUCCCUUUGCCCCAAUACUGAACAGAGUUGAAUUCAUGGAGAGUUACCGAUCAGGGGACUGCUCACUCUUUCUUUUACACGCGAUAUCUACAGCUGCAUGCUCCUAUGUACCAAUAGAAGUGAUACAAGAAUGCGGGUACACUGACCGCUCAGCAGCCCAUGUGGCUUUUUUCUUAAAGGCUAAGCUCUUUCACGACUUUCACUGCCAAGGAGGGUCCCUCCCAAUGCUGCAGGGCUGCAUGAUUCUUGGUGACUUCGUACCUGAUCAUCCUUCGGACAGAGACUUCCAUUACUGGUUUUAUAACUCAGUCCGAUGGGCGUCCAGGUUGGGUCUGCACAACACCAACGUACGUCCCCGAAACGAAGAGUCCCAAAAGCUCUACCGGCGGAUCUGGUGGGUUUUGCAUAAUAUCGAUGUCUUCUAUUUCUUUGUCAACACCCAGAACUUGCGGCUAUUAGCAACUGCACCUCCGAUCGAGCCCCUCACAAAUGAUGACUGGGAGGAGGAAGAUUUGCGACUAUUGUCCCAUCUAUUAUCGCCGAUAACUCAUCAACAAAAGGCAUCCCUGGUAGCUCACAGCGAGUUGGCUCAAAUAUUCGGAACGCUCACGAAAACCAUUUCGAGCGAGCCACAAAAAGACAUGCAGCGAGUAAUGCAACCACUGGAUAGGUGGCGGAUGUCUUUGCCUGCCAAGAUGAACCCCAAUGACUCCUCAACAAAUGACGAAAUGUUUGAGUGUGUCGUGUGUCGCUCGCUGCGCCGCGGGCGAUGGGGGAUCCGCAGUGAGGAUGUACGCAAGUGGGCGCGAGAACGAUUUCGCGAUGCUACCCUCGAACUUGACUCGAUCCUGAAGAAAGUACUUCUGAGCGGUAUCAUCAAGAAAAUUCCGACGACCUUUAUAACCACCAUCGCAGCUCUUCUGGCACUACACAUAGAGUCCGCUCUGGACUCAUCGCAAUCGGACAUUGCACGAUCCAUGGCCCGCGUAUCAAUCCAGUUCACCAUGCUCGCUCUCAACCAGAUACAGGAUACCCCUGCUAUUAAACGAGCAUUGCCUGCGUUUGAGAUGGUUCUCUCAAAGAAUAAGCUAUACCCGUCGUCACUUCAUGAUGUUGCGCAGGUAGAAACACAUGGCCUUCAAGAGGGGAACGUAGAGGACGAAUCGACGCACGUGGCGAUCCAGUCGGAUCCAAGUUUUCCUCAAGAUAUCAAUGAUCAGAUCUCGUUCUUGGGUGGUGACAUAACAGGUUUCGAGUUCUUUGACCGAUGGCAGAUGGAACAGUUGGACUUUACUGGUAUUAUGAGAUGA